AUGAGUUCUGCGGAGGAGAGAGAGGACCAUGACAUGUACUGUGAGAAGGCAGUGGCCCUCAUCAUUGACCUCUGUCUGGAUGACAGCCCACUGUUGCAGCCCAAUACCUGCCAGGACUUCAUCACACUGCUGGCCACCAACCAGAGCCCAAACUCUGCAGGGUCAGGUAUGCUCAACAGCCCAACAAACAGCCUCCCUCCCUCCGGCCACGACUGUUUGUGUUGUGUUGUGAGUGACUGUGUUAAACAUGGUAACUGCUAUGUUUGUGUGUUGUGACUCACAUGAUGUGUUGAACACACUAACUGCUAUGUUUUGGUUAGUGGUCCAGUGCAGGUAAUUUAUAAUUCCUGUCAGACAGGAUAUUCACCUGGGGGAUACUCAGAGGUUGGCUUAGUUGGCUAAUUGAGCUAAGGUACUUUGUUAGACUUAAUUACUUAUCUGCAAUAUGGCAGGAAAGAAAAGUUGAAUCUGUCAGUUGCUAGGGUGAUUUAUUUAAAGAAAAUGCACAGUUGUUGAAAUCGAAAAGAUAUGUUCCUUGAAAUCGAAAAAGAUAUGUUCCUUGAAAGAUAGUCUAUGAUCCUGGAAUGAAUAGAGAAAAAAAUAUAUAUUAGGUUGGUGGCAGAAUUUAUGUGGAUUGACAGAUAAUGUAUUCCCCCAGGGAAAUAGAUGAGAUUAAAUUGAAUUUUAGCUGAUGAGUUUACUAUGGGCUCAAUCUCAAUAGCACUCCCUUGUCAUACUGUUAAAAUUCCUUGAUGGCAGAUUAACUUUUGAUGACAGCAACCCCUGUAACCCAUUCCUCUAGUCUGAAAGGAAAAGUGGGCAUCUCAGAAUCAGAUAUGAUAGAAUAGCCGGAGAAAUCUCUCUGCUGGUUUGCAAUGCUGAAGUCUCUUCUGAUUUACAAGUUAAGACGGAGCCAUGUUGAUGAGAGCAUGCCAUACAGCAAGACUCAGAAUCUGAUUGUCACAGCGAGUUUAGUCACUGGCGAAAUCAGACAAACCACUCAGUGCCAACGGCGUCCAGCACCAAACCAUAGGGUCACCGAAUGCCACUACAUGUUACUAGUAAACAAGCAGGAAUCACUCUUGUCAGACAAAGAUUCCAAACCAAAUCUGUUUUUCUCUAUCAAAUUUUCCUUCCACUUGUGUGUGUGUGUGUGUGUGUGUGUGUUUCUCAGACAUGCGGGGGAGGUCAUCUGGAAAUCCUCUCUGUGCCAUAAUUGUAUCCUGUAUCCUUGUAUCAUAAAAGAGGAUGUUUCCCUGAACUAAGCUUAGGGGCACUUUCUCCCUACGACACUAUUUAACUCUAGGAAGCCUUUUAUGACGUGCCAGCAAAAGGGAAACUGACUGACUAGCAUUAUCCCAUUAGUCAUCACGGGGGUUGCCUUGCCUUGCUUUUCCCUUUACACAAUAUUACACACUAUUACUUCACAUUGGUGUCCAGUUCCAGUUCCAAAUUAUGCCACAAACACACAUACAUUCUCACUCUCUUUACUCUCUCUGUCAGCUGUGGGCUCCACAGCACUGCUCUGUCUUAACCAUGGGGUUUAUGGGCAGGUAACUGAAGUGGCAUUGGCUCAUGCUGAUAGUUCUCCAAUUAAAGAGCUGUGCUGUGUCUGUGAGAGUGAGCGCCCACAGCUCGGCCAGGAAGAGACCAGGGUGCACCAGUCCACAGGUACUAAUACCACAUGAAUAGAAGACUGCUGCUGCGUCCCCAAAUGCCCCCGCAGAGCGCUGUACACCGGCUGCCAAAAACCAAAGGUCACAGAUUUGGAGUGGCAGUUGGGGAUGUCAGAGUUGGAUGUGGAUGAGUAAACUGGCAGCUUGGGUUUGUUCUGCUUUUCCCAAGCACACGCACACACACACAUGCACACUCUGUUAGCAUCUGCGAGGAGAGUGUACUUGGUAGUAGUAGGUUACCAAAAACUAUUCAGCAAUUUUAUUUGACCAUGUGUUUUGUUGUAGCUAGUAUUAGUAUAGGUAAGUGUAGUACAAGUAGUGCUAUGAAGCAGACUAGCUCUGUUCAAUGUCACAUCUAAAAGAAAGAUGGCUGUUGUCCAUUUAUUUAUUUUUUAACUAGGCAAGUCAGUUAAGAACAAAUUCUUAUUUACAAUGAAGGCCUACCCCAGACCAAUUGUGCGCCGUCCUAUGGGACUCCCAAUCACAGCUGGAUUGGGAUACAGCCUGGAAUCAAACCAGGGUCUGUAGUGACACAUCUAGCACUGCGAUGCAGUGCCUUAGACCACUGCGCCACUCGGGAGCACAUGCUUGUUCAUUUUCUAUUGCUGCUGUGCGCCACAUGCAUGUUGCAUUAGCAGAAGCAGUGAGGUUUACAUAAAUUCUAUCAUGGAGUUGUCUGUCUCCUCUCACCCAAAGGUCACCAUGAUAACCCAGGCUGUUCUUAACAGAGCGCUCUCUCUCUCUCUCGCUCUCUCGCUCUCUCUCUUUCUCUCGCUCUCUGUUUCUGUCUAUGUCUCUCUCUGUCCUUGUUUUAAAAGUGUUCGAUAUAGUGCCAGUUUGGAUGAAUAGAUUUUAUACAUCUUGGUGCAGAUCAAAUCCAAUUCCCACUAAAGCACGUCUUCUCAAUAAUUCAGAUUGUUCAAUAAUUUAAUAAUUCAUUAAUGGUAAUAUGCUUUCCGGUAUCUUAUGGGGAUCUGUAUUUUGUUCUAUUGCAUUAGCUGUUAUUGCAGUGAAAUUAGGUCAUGGUGUUAUCCAGCGUUAGGAGCAUUAGAUCAAUCACUUCCUGUCUCUGAGGAGGGAUAACCAAGAGUGGAGACCGAGGGCAAUGGAGGAGGAGAAAAGAGGCCUGGGUUUAUAUGAAAACUGUUAUGGAUGACGAGAAGAAACUUUAUACAAAUCCUACAAAGUAAACAGCAGUCCUCUUAUCAGAACACCUCUGCAGCGCCACCGACACCUAUUUUCUUUAGUUUUCCCAUUUUGGUUGUAAAAUGCAUCUGGAAACAGCAGUUAUGUUUGACAUCUAGAGGAGUAGCUGCAGAGCUGUGCAGUGUGCUCCCCACCACCACCACCACCGCUGCUGCUGCAAUAUGUGACCAUGAAUAAAUAAAGCAGCUGGGCUGAGAGUAUGAUAGCAGAGAAAAUAGCAUUAAUACAGUAUGUACAGGUCGUGGGAGAGUGUUGUGGAGUAGUCUAGUCUCCGUAACCCAUGGGGGAUUAUUACAGCGAAGUUAGGCAGCAUGCCUAUUGAGCCACGUAAAUAAUUCAGCUGACUGAGGCUCUUCUUGCCAGCCAUGUCAAUAGCAUGGAUUGUAUGGCUCACACCUGGUUGGGCUCCCUAAGCCGAUGGUUAGCUACUUUUGUAUUCCAGGUAUGGAUUUUAGAGGGACUUUGGUUGAGGUGACAUAAAAGCCUACGUGGAUGCCCACGCACAGUAUGUGAUUUUUAAAAAGCCUGUAGACUAAAGGAUUGUGUGGAGUGCCAGUAUAAUGCUUUACUGUUGAUGCUGAAUUAUAGCUGAGCACUGGGAGAAAUGUGCUGGCAGCCAGGUGGUUUGUUGUUUUGCUACCCAAAAUGCUAGGCUUUGAUAUCAUAUCUUGUGUUGUGAAUGUGAUGAUGAAGGCAAAUGCUGAAUGCUUACAGGGGAAGGGAUGGGGAUGUGUAAUGACUUUAUUGAGGAAAAGUGUACUUACUAUGCCUGUGAUAUGUGGUUGUCCCACCUAGCUAUCUUAAGAUGAAUGCACUAAAUGUAAGUCCCUCUGGAUAAGAGCAUCUGCUAAAUGACUAAAAUGUCAAAUGUAAUGCUUAGAGGAAGGGAUGUGGAUGUGUAAUGCUAACGGGAAGGGAUGUGGAUGUGUAAUGCUGAGAGGAAGGGAUGUGGAUGUGUAAUGCUAACAGGGGAAGGGAUGUGGAUGUGUAAUGCUGAGAGGAAGGGAUGUGGAUGUGUAAUGCUAACAGGGGAAGGGAUGUGGAUGUGUAAUGCUGAGAGGAAGGGAUGUGGAUGUGUAAUGCUAACAGGGGAAGGGAUGUGGAUGUGUAAUGCUAACAGGGGAAGGGAUGUGGAUGUGUAAUGCUGAGAGGAAGGGAUGUGGAUGUGUAAUGCUGAGAGGAAGGGAUGUGGAUGUGUAAUGCUAACAGGGGAAGGGAUGUGGAUGUGUAAUGCUGAGAGGAAGGGAUGGGGAUGUGUAAUGCUAACAGGGGAAGGGAUGUGGAUGUGUAAUGCUGAGAGGAAGGGAUGGGGAUGUGUAAUUCUUACUUUAGCAUCAAGAUGAUGACUGUCAUAUGAGUAUAUCAGAUAUCAGAUAGGCCUAUGCUCAGAUACCCACACUGGCCAGGGAGUUCUGUGUAUUGUGAGAGCAUUACGUCUCACAGACAGAUCUGUAAUGAGAAUGAGACAACAGCAUCUUAGCCCCUGAUGACCGUAUAUUUUUUUUUACCUUGCUCCAAAUUUCCAGGAAAAUAUUUCUAUUUUAUAAAAAAAAUAAAAAAUGUAAACACCACUUAAGACCUGAGGUUAUCUUGGGGAAGAAAGCAAAAGGACAAUUGAAGAAAAUCCUGAGACCAGCCGUUCAGUCUAAGAGGUAAAUUGAAUAAUAAGCCUUUCUGGUGGAAGGCGAGGGAGGGAUGGAGCGAGAGAGGGAGGAAAAAAUAGGGAGGGGACAGAAGAUGAGAGGAAGGGGUGUGUGGGGCAGGGUGGAGGAGGUACAACCAAAUUGACUGAUUCCAGAAAUAAAAUGUUCGGCCUAGGGCUGCCUGGCAAAUGCAUCUCUGACAUUUCAUCCUUGAUUGUGUUAAAUUUCUCUUCUGCUAAGCUGCAGCAGAUGGAGGUUAACAAGGCUCAUAGACAUUGACAAGCCUGUGGAGGAGAUGGGGAUUCUGACACUUUUAUUGCCUCUCAAAAGCCUGCCAGCUCAAUAAGAGAGAGAAAAUAUUUCCCAUAGUGUUUUCAUCAACUGCAAUGCUCGACAAUGGAGAUACCCUUCCACACAGUACUUACUGGAUUUCGACUGGACAUAUUCCUAUCAACUGUCUUAUUUCCUAUCUAUGACCAUGUGCUACUGGCCAAUAAGGGCCGUAUUGCUUUGAGGGUGGGGAUGACUUGAUAACCAAAGCAUACAUUCUAAUGAAGCCUGGAUAUUCUACUAGAAGCUGACACAUGUAUACUACAUCAUGGUCAUAUUCAUUAAUGCACACUGUAGCAAAAGAUAACAACAACGGAAAACGAAAACAAAACAAGAGUUUCUUAUUAUUGGACAACUUCAGAUAGUUCUCCCUCUUUCAGUUUUAUUCUGUUUUGUACCUAAUGAAUACGACCCCGAGGCCUCUACUAGACACAUUUCCCAGAGCCAGCUCAGCAGCGACCAUGGCCGUGAAUCACAGAUACAUUAACACGAUCAAUAGGAGCCUUGAACCUCGGGUCAACACAAUCUCACACUCAAUACGUUUCCAUUACGUAUAUUAUUGAGUAUAAAUGUGACAUGAGGUAACUUCCCAUAGUCUCUCCCAAGAUGACCCUCAAUGAUGUGUGUAUUCUGAUCCCGAAGGGAGGCAUGUGUGGCUGUGGUUAUAUUACUGGAGAGGAAACGGAAGGGGAUGGGUGAUAGUCCAACCCACUGACUAAUAGAAUAAAAUUAAAGACAGUAGAAAUAAAGAAUAGUGGAAACUGAGGAGUCAUGGUUGGAGAAAUGAAAAUAAUCUUCUAUGGAGCGAUUUUAGUGCCAACAAACAUUGUAUUUGAAUUCCAUAAUUUUGAAUUUGUAUUAGGAUAUCGAAUUUGAAUGUCGUAUUUGUAAUGCACAAGUUUUAUCACUGAAUUCAUUAAUUGAACUUGUAUUUCAUGAUUUCAAACUGAAUUGAAUGAAUAUUGCGUUCAUUUUAAAAUGCGAUUUCAAUUUAAUUGAAUAUUUAAAUUGAAUAUUUAUAUGUUCAGUUUGAAUAUGGUAGACAUUGCAUUAUCUGUGUAUCAAGUUUAUCAUUUCAAGUUGAUCAAAGUUUCAUAUAUUCAACUUCUCAGAUGCAUUCAGAUUCAAAACCAGAGACAACAUCCUGAUACUGCCAGCAAGGCAGAGCCGCCGGAAGAAGUGUGGGGAGACAGCAUUUGCCCUAGUACUUUUGCCACACCACUUUCAAAGCAGCAGCACCAAACGCGUUAACCAGACAUAUUCAUUAGUUCACGUCAUAGAAAAAUGUAAAAAAAUAAAAAUAAAAAAACGUUUUGCAACGGAAAAGAAAGCAGGCGUUUCUUAUUGGAUAAGUUGACAUACCUCCCCCAAUAUCAGCCCGUUUGCCUCUGUUUUGUCUAGUGAAUACAACCCUGUACCUGGGAUUUCAUGCAGUAACCCCCAUACUCAGUAUGACAGGUGGAUUCAUUUGUCAGUCACAGUGGUAUCCUAGCUACAGCCUACAGAGCCUCAUCAACCCUGCCUUUCAACAACGUUUUGGGCUGCAGAAGCACCUCGUUGUUCGACUUUGCACUUAGGUUUUGUUCGCUCACGCUCCUCUCCAGCCUGCCUGGUUGCCUGCCUCAUGAGAGAGCGAACAUAAAUGUAAUGGAAAACAAGGUAUGUCAAUUAAAGCAGUUACUAAAAGCACAUUAGUCGUCCUCUAAAACUAGCUAGAAUUAUCCAAUCUAUAGCUAGCUAACAAAACUACUAAUAUUAGCUUUAGUAGCCUAGCUAGAUAGCUAACAUAAGCUAGCUAGGUUGAUGCAGUCAUGCGGCCGGCAGCUAACUUUAAUAAUUUAGACUCACAGAAUAAAUGUGUUUGGCACAGGAUAAAGAACAUUAAACAAUCUGCUGCUGCUACCCAAGGGUACCAAGGGAUACUGAAGUUCCUGAAAAGGUUAGUCAGCCAGUUUGUUAGUCCAGUAAUGUUGGCAUAUUAUUUGAUUUCAACUGCUGUCUUAAGUUUUUAAAAAAAACUACAAAUUCCGUCACAGAGCAGUCUACACAGACUAUAUGAACACAUUUGUCCAGCCAUAAGAGAUGGAUGGGUAAUGCAGAACAAGAUAAUUGAUGGAUUCUAGCGGCACCAUAACUUUCACAAUUACAGAGAUAGGCAGCCAUUAUGGCGUCAGUCUUUUUUAACUAGCUAAUGCAUAGUGACACCUUCUGAUAUACAGUGCCUUCAGGAAGUAUUCAUACCCCUUGACUUAUUCAACAUUUUGCUGUGUUACAGCUGGAAUUCAAAAUUGAUUAAAUCAAUAUUUUUUCUCACCUACACACAAUAACCCAUAAUGACACAGUGAAAACAUGUUGAAAAUAUUUUUCGCAGAUUUUGUGAAAAUUAAAUACAGAAAUAUCUAAUUUACAUAAGUAUCCACACCCCUGAAUCAAUACUUUGUAGAAGCACCUUUGGCAGCGAUUACAGCUGUGAGUCUUUCUAGGUAAGUCUGUAAGAGCAUUCCACAUCUGGAUUGUGCAAUAUUUGGCCAUUAUUCUGUUCAGAAUUCUUCAAGUUCUGUCAAAUUGGUUGUUGAUUAUUGCUAGACAACCAUUUUCAGGUCUUGCCAUAGAUUUUCAAGUAGAUUUAAGUAAAAACUGGAACAUUCACUGUCUUCUUGGUAAGUAACUCCAGUGUAGAUUUGGCCUUGAGUUUUAGGUUAUUGUCCUGCUGAAAGUUGAAUUAAUCUCCCAGUGUCUGGUGGAAAGCAGACUGAACCAGGUUUUCCUCUAAGAUUUUGUCUGUGCUUAGCUCCAUUCUGUUCCUUUUUUAUCUUGGAAAAACUCCCCAGUCCUUAACGAUUACAAGCAUACCCAUAACAUGAUGCAGCCACCACUAUGCUUGAAAAUAUGGAGAGUGGCCCCAAACAUAGCACUUUGUAUUCAGGACAAAAAGUUAAUUGCUUUGCCAAAAUCUUUGCAGUAUUACUUUUAUGCCUUGUUGCAAACAGGAUGCAUGUUUUGGAAUAUUUGUAUUCUGUAUAGGUUUCCUUCUUUUCACACUAGAAUGUUGUUGAUCCGUCCACAGUUUUCUCCUAUCACAGCCAAUAAACUAUAACUGUUUUAAAGUCACCAUUGUCCUCAUAGUGAAAUCCCUGAGCGGUCUCCUCUCCGGCAACUGAGUUAGGAAGGACGCCUGUAUCUUUGCAGUGACUGGGUCUAUUGAUACAUCAUCCAAAGUGUAAUUAAUAAUUUCACCAUUCUGAAAAUAAUAUUCAGUGUCUGUUCUUUGUGGUUGAAUCUGUGUUUGAAAUUCACUGCUCAACUGAGGAACUUUACAGAUAAUUGUAUGUGUGGGGUACAGAGAUGAGGUAGUCAUUCAAAAAUCAUGUUAAACACUAUUAUUGCAUUAGUCCAUACAACUUAUUAUGUGACUUUGUAAGCUCAUUUUUACUCCCAAACCUAUUUAUGCUUGCCGUAACAAAGGGGUUCAAUAUUUACUGACUCAAGAUAUUUCAGAUUUUCAUUUUUAGUGAAUUUGUAAAAACUUCUAUAAACGUAAUUCCACUUUGACAUUAUGGGGUAUUGUGUGUAGGCCAUUGACACAACAUCUCAAUUUAAUCAAUUUUAAAUUCAGGCUGUAACAAAACAUAAUAUGUAAAAAGUCAAGGGGUGUGAAUACUUUCUGAAGGCACUGGUAAUGUAGGUUUGGUUAGAAUAGAGUGCAAUAGAAUGACUGACAUUCAAGAAAAUCUACUUCAUGAAAAGGGGGAUAUUAUUUUCAAUGAACAAGUUGAAAGUACUUUAUUUAAUUAUUGAAUAUAUGGAUUUUACAGGCAAUCUGUUCCUACAGUGAGCGCCAGGGAACCUACCUCUGGUGGGCCAGGACAACACAAGGUUAGUGGUUUUAAAGCUGAAUGCAAUAUUCAUUCAAUUCAGUUUCAGAUCAUGAAAUACAAGGUCAAUUUAUGAAUUCAAUGAUUCAAUUUGUGCAUUACAAAUUCCAAAAUAUGAAAUUCAGAUUCAAUGUCCUAAUACAAAUUCAAAAUUAUGGUAUUCAAAUACAAUUUCUGUUGGCACUGAAAUCGCUCCAUAAUCUUCCCCUGUGGUAGUUGAUGCCCUCCAAAUACUGUACUGUAUCUCUGCACCACCUUCCAUCUCUGCAGGAAAGAUUUGGUUUAUAACACAGACAGCCCUGCUCAGCAACAAAGAUCACAGCAACGAUGUGGGAUCUCUGGGUGCCAAUUCAAAGACACUUCAUCCUCUCAUCCGAUCGAUCAGUAUUCUGUGGACAUGCUUUGUCUGUAAUCUGUGUGCUGAGCCUGAGUGAGCCAUCUCCUUUCCAUCCCACUCCCUCUUUUUGUUAUAUUAACUUUCUUAUAGUCCACUUAGCUGCAUGGGAGAAUGGAUGGGGGUUUAACCUUUAUUGCAGUGGCUGAACCCCUUAAGCAGUGAGGCUGUGGGAAACCAGGACUUUCUUAAUGAGGUGUGUUGUGUCACUGUAGGUCUGGCUACCAAGGCACUGGAGAUCCAUAAUUACAUUCAAUCAUGGCAGUCAUUGGCGCUGCUCAACUCUGUUUAAUGAAUCCAGCCCUUUAUUUCCACUUGCUAUUUAGGUUCCACCUAUAACUAGACUUUGGUUACUGGCAGUAAAUUCACUAGAUAUCUCGCUGAGCCUAAGGUGGUGUAGUGACUUGUGCCUGGCCUAACAAUGAGCUACAAGACACAUUAAACAGAGGCCAUCCAAAGGAUCCUUAUUCUGCUUAUUCCAGCCAUUAUCAUUAAACACCAAGCACUGAGGUUAUUGCAAUCAGAAGUUGCCUUUUCUUAAAGUAGAUUUCUGUUAACCCCUGUACAGCCUACUAAGGCCGAAGGCCAAUUGACACAGAUUGCCAAUUAAGAAUCCCAUAGUACUAUUUUCUUCCACAUUCUUCUAUCAGCCAUCAGGAUUGCAUAGGAAAGCCUGGGACAUGUAAAUGAGUACAUGCAUAAUUACACAUUGAUUUGCAUCAAAAUAAGCCUUCUCGUCCAAGAUCCCCUCCGGGAGGUACAUCAGCUUGAAACUACGGCUCAGCACGAGCCACGACCUUCAUCUGCCAAAUAGCUAGAUACUAGGCUUCUUCUCUCUGUGAGACUGGCUUUAGGUGCAAUGCAUCACUCUUUCACGCAGAUAUUAGUCACAUCACAGCAGCUAUCAUGUCUCACCUCCAGAUCUAUGUGAGAUUAAGGCUCAGGCUCGACAUGUGAGAAACUAACAGCCGCAGCUGGGAAGAACAUAGUGAAGCAUAAGGUGAAUACCUUUUUUAGGGUAUAGGCCACACAGAAUAAGACAGUGUUUCAUUACACUAAUACACCUUUACAGUGAAAUUGGCCAAAUACAUUAAAGUAACUGUCAAGUGUUUCCAGAUUUCUAUGAAAUAUGACCUAUAAUUAAUGACAAUAUGAGUUAAAUAUUUUUCCUUCCAAAAAUUGUAAUUAAGUAGGUUAAAAAGUAGCUUUUCUAGAUGCCGGGAUUUACCAAUUUCUCUUAUUGGGCGGGUCAAUUGUGUAAAGAUGAACAUAUUACCAAAGUCCUGUACCUUUUUCAAAGUUUGCCCUUUCCUAUUCUCAAAGUUUUUUUUUCAAACAACUGAACAGGAAGGUCUCCUCAUUUCUGUGGAAAUGGAAACCUUUAUGCGGACCAUAUUCAGAAGGUGGGCUUACUCUACCUGACUUCCAGGUGUAUUACUGGGCCUCUCAGUUAAAGAGAGUGUGUGUAUGGCAAGAUACAACCCUCAUGGCAAAAUUCACCCUCUUGGAGACAGAGGAAUAGUGUCUUUCCCCUGUUUCAUUGGCAUCUACACCUUAUAUUAGCCCACCUAAAGCUUUGAUGGGUCUCACAAACAAUCCUUUAAUUAAAAACACUCUAAAUAUAUUGACUGAAGUUCUUAAACAAACAGGAGGGAAUAGAUCCACAUAUGAACAAACACCUUUUUAUAACAACCCCAUCUUACCCAAAGCCCUGAGAGAUUGUAUUAUAUUUUUAUGGUUCAGAAAAGGAAUUAAAACUUUUGGUCAUUUGUAUAGAGAUGGUUAACUAUCCUUCCAACAACCUACAUCUCACUUUCAGUUACCAAAACACAUUUCUUCAAGUACCUACAGGUUAGGCAUUAUAUUGCCACUCAACAGGGAGGUAAGAUUCAGCCCAUGAGUAAAUCUACAACUGAUAAACUGUGGCUGGAGAGGAAGAGGGUAAAAAAGGUAGUCCUUUGAAGCUCAGUUGGUAGAGCAUGGUGCUUGUAACGCCAGGGUAGUGGGUUCGAUUCCUGUGACCACCCAUACGUCAAAUAUACUCACACAUGAGUGUAAGUUGCUUUGGCUAAAAGUGUCUGCUAAAUGGCAUAUACACUGCUCAAAAAAAUUAAGGGAACACUUAAACAACACAAGGUAACUCCAAGUCAAUCACACUUCUGUGAAAUCAAACUGUCCACUUAGGAAGAAACACUGAUUGACAAUACAUUGCACAUGCUGUUGUGCAAAUGGAAUAGACAACAGGUGGAAAUUAUAGGCAAUUAGCAAGACACCCCCAAUAAAGAAGUGGUUCUGCAGGUGGUGACCACAGACCACUUCUCAGUUCCUAUGCUUCCUGGCUGAUGUUUUGGUCACUUUUGAAUGCUGGAGGUGCUUUCACUCUAGUGGUAGCAUGAGACAGAGUCUAUAACCCACACAAGUGGCUCAGGUAGUGCAGCUCAUCCAGGAUGGCACAUCAAUGCGAGCUGUGGCAAGAAGGUUUGCUGUGUCUGUCAGCGUAGUGUCCAGAGCAUGGAGGCGCUACCAGGAGACAGGCCAGUACAUCAGGAGACGUGGAGGAGGCCGUAGGAGGGCAACAAGCCAGCAGCAGGACCGCUACCUCCGCCUUUGUGCAAGGAGGAGCAGGAGGAGCACUGCCAGAGCCCUGCAAAAUGACCUCGAGCAGGCCACAAAUGUGCAUGUGUCUGCUCAAACGGUCAGAAACAGACUCCAUGAGGGUGGUAUGAGGGCCCGACGUCCACAGGUGGGGGUUGUGCUUACAGCCCAACACCGUGCAGGACGUUUGGCAUUUGCCAGAGAACACCAAGAUUGGCAAAUUCGCCACUGGCGCCCUGUGCUCUUCACAGAUGAAAGCAGGUUCACACUGAGCACAUGUGACAGACGUGACAGAGUCUGGAGACGCCGUGGAGAACGUUCUGCUGCCUGCAACAUCCUCCAGCAUGACCGGUUUGGCGGUGGGUCUGUCAUGGUGUGGGGUGGCAUUUCUUUGGGGGGCCUCCAUGUGCUCGCCAGAGGUAGCCUGACUGCCAUUAGGUACCGAGAUGAGAUCCUCAGACCCCUUGUGAGACCAUAUGCUGGUGCGGUUGGCCCUGGGUUCCUCCUAAUGCAAGACAAUGCUAGACCUCAUGUGGCUGGAGUGUGUCAGCAGUUCCUGCAAGAGGGAGGCAUUGAUGCUAUGGACUGGCCCGCCCGUUCCCCAGACCUGAAUCCAAUUGAGCACAUCUGGGACAUCAUGUCUCGCUCCAUCCACCAACGCCACGUUGCACCACAGACUGUCCAGGAGUUGGCGGAUGCUUUUGUCCAGGUCUGGGAGGAGAUCCCUCAGGAGACCAUCCGCCACCUCAUCAGGAGCAUGCCCAGGCGUUGUAGGGAGGUCAUACAGGCACGUGGAGGCCACACACACUACUGAGCCUCAUUUUGACUUGUUUUAAGGACAUUACAUCAAAGUUGGAACAGCCUGUAGUGUGGUUUUCCACUUUAAUUUUGAGGGUGACUCCAAAUCCAGACCUCCAUGGGUUGAUAAAUUUGAUUUCCAUUGAUAAUUUUUGUGUGAUUUUGUUGUCAGCACAUUCAACUAUGUAAAGAAAAAAGUAUUUAAUAAGAUUAUUUCAUUCAUUCAUAUCUAGGAUGUGUUGUUUAAGUGUUCCCUUUAUUUUUUUGAGCAGUGUAUUAUAGAAGGUUUCAUUUUGUACAUGUACUCUGGUCUUCAAGCUCUGAUGGGGAAUGACGAAGCUCUGAAGGCUUGCAUAAAGUGACAUGAUGUCCUUGAUCUCAUUUUUGAGGCUGAGAAAUGGGGAAAGCUCUUUUUAGAUAAUCAGCAAGGCACAAGUUGAUGCAAUUCAAUCUUUUACAGAGGGUCUACUUUACACCAGAGAGAGAAAUUCUAAAUAUUCCACAUUUUACCCAAGGAGUAAAACAGGUAUGGGCACCCUUAUGCAUAUGUUUUUGUCCUGCCCCGAACUAGGCAAUUAUUGAGAAGACAUUAUUCAGAUCUUAUCACAGGUCACUAAUAUGACUGUACCACUAGAUCCUUCCCUUAUUCUUCUUAGAGAUGACUCCAUUCUAACAGUUAAUAUUGGUAACAAAACAAGAUCUAUUAAAUUGGCAAUCAUUGCAGCCAAUAAAUGCACAGCUUUUAUAUGGAAGAGUGACACUCCACCAAGCAAGCAGAUGUGGCUAAAGGAACUAACUUUCUAUAUUCUGAAAAAAUAACGUACAAUGUAUGUAAUAAACCCUUUGCAUUUAUUGACAUCUGGGGGGACUUAAAGGAGUUUUCAGAGUCUUCAGCCCCACCUGAGCUGCCUCAUUAUUAUUAUUAUUAUUAUGAAUUAUUGUAUUUUUUGUAUUUUAUUUUUGUUUUUUGGGUUGACAAAUGUAUUUACUAGCAUUGGAUGUCAAGGACAUUCUGUUUUCUUUUUUUUUGUUUGGUAAUCAUUGAAACUAAUACCGAGUGAGGGGACGGAGAGGGGUGUUCAUGGGAUGGGGAGGGAAGGGUUUUGUAUGAUGUGCUCCCAUGUAGCCUGUUGUUUUCUGUAUGUGUGGGGAAAGGGGGGUGGGGGAAUAACGGGGCAUUAUCUGAUUGCUAUGCUUUGCUGAUGAUUGUUAAAUUGUAAAAAAAAAAAAAAAUAUAUAUACAAAUAAAUAUAUAUAUACAAAAAUACCCCAACAACAGAAUGAUGUGGGCAUAUACCGGUUAUUAAAAAGUAAAGUACAGAUACCCCAAAAAACGACUUGGGUAGUACUUUAAAGUAUUUUUACUUAAGUACUUUACACCACUCCAGAUGAAGUCUUCCAACCAUGUGUCUGCUGCGUGCUGAUGCAAAAAUAGGAUUUUAAAUAAACAUUUCUGACACCAUCAGUUCAUCUGUUAUGGAUCCCAAUGAAUCAUGACACUCUUUCCCACCUUCCCAUUUCACUCUACUCCCCAAUAACUGUUGUGGGUCAUCAGCUGGCUGCCCUCAGUGUGUGUGAACAGUGUACAUUUACCACAUAUUACACCAUGGUUCUUGAGAAGGCAGAGAGGGGUCUUGGAGGCUUCCCUUCCCCCAACACAGGGCACUUCCCCCGCUUUAAUGCGCACUGAUGUUAAUCUGGCCCGAAAUAGGCUACAAGGGACAGCCACAUCUCCACUACACACAGAGAAAGGCAGACCAGAGCAGGAAAAUUGCAUGGCAGUGGAACCUACUAGUGUGCAUAACAAUAACUGCAGAAGACUAAGAAUGAAGGCUGCUGCUCAGAAGCAUAUUAAUGCAAUGAUACACGCUUCACAGACCAGACUAUAUACAUGUUCCGCACACACAGUGUCCCAAUUGGUUAGUCUAUCCAUUGCUGAUUAUAUAAGCCUGUGUAUACAAUUGAUAAGGUUAUUAUCUCUCCUGCUCUCCUCCAAGUUGCUCCCCAUUUCUAUGUUUGAUGAUUUUCUCCUCCUCCUUCCAGUCUUUUUUAUUAGCCCUGGUGUAACAUCCAAGGCACCCUUUCAUAGAUGUGUUUGAUAUUCAUGAGGAUAUUUCAUUAAUAUGCAUGCACUCCAACAUGUGAACCUUUCUCUUUUGUUAGUCUCUUUCUCUUUAGGACAUAAAAGGAAGGAACAUGUGUUUUUCCUGCACACCACAUAAUAUGAAAAUAACCAAAUACAUGCAAUGCAUACAUCAAGGGAGCCCGUGCAUAUGUAAUGGCCACAUGGAUCAGCUGUAGGGGUUAUUUAUAAAAGGUUUGUAACUGCUCUCUAGCCUUGGCUGAAGUACCUGCCCCUGGACAGUUGCAAUAGGCUGUACAGCAUCUAGCGCUGUACACUGGCUGGAUGGCUGGUUGGUUGGUUAGCUGACUGUAUGGCUCACAGCUCCAUAGAAACGGGGUCACAGUAGAAACAGGGUAAUUCGGUGUGGAGGAAGAGCAUCCUCCGAGAAAGUGAGAGAGUGGCAGAGUGAUAGUGAGAGAGGCAGAGUGAGAGAGAGAGUGAUAGCUCUUGUACAGAGAUUCAAAGAGGGAGAGAGAAGAGAGUGUUCAUCACCGGUGAGUGCUAUCACUGUAACUUUUCAUGAUUUUUAGCUGCUUGUUGGUGUAAUAUUAUAACAAUGUUGUUAUAUUGGGUGGAAAUAGUAGUACGACUGUGUAAAAAUGUGAUUUAAAAAUGGAAACAGGACAAUUUAUGACUUAGAAGAAAUGCAGAGUAAGCAGUUCUAGUCCGUCCUUUCCCACUGUUGCCUGUUGUGUUGCCCCUGCGAGAGUCAAGAAAUUCUUAUUUUUGUUCUUACUUCAAAUGUGAAAACCUAGAGAAAGAAACAGUAAGAAAUACAUGUUUCUGUAUUUCCUCUUCAAACCCUUUGAUGUUUUGCUUUAAAACAUCUGUAAGCAAAGCCUUUUUGGUGUAGUGUACUAUGAGAAGUCCAUAUGGUAUCAUCUUGCGUACUGUGUUUGUAUUGAUCUCACUGUACUGAACUGUGUCUCAAGCCAUUACCCUUCAAGCGCAUUAAACAUAUUGCAGUCAGAUGAGCGAUUGCUACAUUGCUGCUCAAGGGCUGCUUAGAGCGAGACGAUUGCAUUUCAUGUGUGUGUGUGUGUGUGCCGAGUUCAUUCACAAUCACAGCACUGCAGUCAGUCAGCAUGGGUCUGGCUCCAACCCACUCAUCAAUGAACCUCCAGAUAAACACCUCAGACCCAAUGGGAUCUAUGUGCUGUGCAUACACUAUUGCAAACCCACAUCCAAAAUUCACAUUCUCAGUGAAUGCAGCAACUCUACAUGCAGGAGUGUGUGAGUGUUUAUCUGGCUGUCAUCAGCUGUGGAGGCUCUGACCCUGCUCACUGGUGCAAUCACAGCAGCACAGCACUGGCCAUCAGCACCACUCAGGCCACACUGUCUGAUGAAUAAUGAUGACCCUGUGACAUGUUGCUGACCGGGAUCUCAUGGUGGUGACCUGACUGACUGACAUGGCCGUUUGGGCCGUGGUUCUGUUUAGUGUUUACACACUUGGGGUGCAGCUAGAAGCAGCUGCUAAUCUGUCUUUUGGUGGAAGAACGAUUCUGGGAUUAUAUGUACAGAUGUAGGAUCUUAAUUUAAUCACCCUGUUGCAGGAGAACUUGCAGUGUAUUUGAGGUUUAAAAAGGCUUCUGAAGUUUUUAAUUUCCACUUUGAAAUGUCAGACUUUAUUUUCCCUUAAGAAAAAUGUAUCAACCCCUACAAAAAUGUCCAUUAAUUAUAAUCCACAUUUCCUGUUGCAGCAGGAUUAUGGUCCUGCUCUAACAGUAAGUCUAAUUCUUAGAUAACAGUACAUCUAAAUGAACUGACAGUGUCGUGUUGAGUUUACUUUUAUGCUGUCAAGAUGAAUUUCUGCAUCUGGUGGACUGUCUGCACACACCUGGUGUAGUUUACGCACCUGAGGUUUUACACACUGAUGAAGACACUAUAACGCUGAGCAAAAUGUAGCUCCUUGAUCAAGAACGUUUCCGCUCAGAUCAAUCAACGGGAUGUUGUCGACAAAUAACCAAAGUCAUGACCUCCUGUCCACCUCUGUCAUCACUGAUGGCACAAGCCAUAGAUCAGUCAGGGCCGUGUAAUUGUCCAAUAGUGUGGCUUAUAAUCAGCACGUUGUUUUAUGAUAGGUUUACGGAUUAAGCCAUCUACAGGGAAACCUGUGAUGUCCGAUUUAUGUCAUGGUUUAUGUAACACCUGCCGACUAGUGUUACCUAAAAUGGCUCAACUACCAGACCAGGCCAGUUCCCGUUUAAUGAGGGGGGAACACCUCAACCAGUACAUAAGAGACAGGUUUCUGAAAGGCCACCUAUUGAGCUGGGUCAUGAGCAAUGCAAUGGAACAUACAACACUAUAAAAAAAUAUACAAUUGUCUUCUUUCAGUUACAACAUUUAAAACCAACUGGCCAUAUUCGGUUUCAACUUUUCCAGUAUAAAUAACAGUCAAUGAUACAUACCCGCACGGUGACUUAUGCAAUACUCAAGACAAUUAUAAUACCUAGGACUACAAUUGCGUUACUGUCACUUUAAACUUCAAGCGCUAAUAUAGGUGGAUAUUGGUGUGAGGAGGGAGGUCAGUUUUAAGGGAAGGGAAUGGGAAGUUAAGGGCAGGCGGGUAGAGAUAAGAUGAGGGUUGGUUCACUAACUAGCAUAGCAACGAGCAUAUCGGCCUGUUGUUUCCUGUAGACACAUUGUGGAAGAAUGGGAUCGAACACAAAGAACACAAAGAGAAAAACCAAUACCAUGUUAGGAAGUGAUAUAACAGUAGCCAUCCUCUCAGACCAGAGUGCUUCACGGACAAGAGGAACACUUCAAGGAAGAGACAGACAAAAAGCAGAGUGAAUGUUCUACACAAUGCUUUGUAGUGUAAGACUUAACAAGACUCCUCGUCAUGUUUUAUGCAUAGCCUACUGAUCUGAAGGGCCCCUGCAACUGUUACCGUAACAGCAUAUUGAUAUGGUCUGCAGUGACUCGUGAGUUUCCUUAGGACCUGUAUGCCUUGUGACAGCUACCACUCCAGAUCAGGCCCCGGUAACGUCUGAUUUUUUGAUGGCGCAGGAAGCACUUUGGGUAUUUACAAUGGGCACGCAAGUGCAUUAACCAAGUGUAAUAGUAUUUGCCCGUGCACAUGAAAGCUCUUGAGGCGCAAUAAAGGUGCAUCUGGAUUGCACCAAUCAAUACCAGGCAACCAUUCAUUCAACCCGUCAGGGCAUGAAUACAAUUGGCCAGUGCAGAGGUUGGGCCUGUAAUAUGCCUCUAGCAACCCCCAGGCACUGGGCAGAUCCACACAGAGUAGGUCUGCUUCCCAAAUGGCACCCUUUUCCCUACAGCCUAUAGUGCACUGCUUUUGACCAGAGCCCGAUGGGUGCAGAGUAGGACUGGAUCUAUUCUGCAUCAAACCUGCCAGCCUGAGCCUUGAUCUAGUGAGCCAUGGACGUCUUCACAUUCAUGAUCCAGUCAUCCAAGCAUUGGGUUGGUUGAUUUAUUAAAGUCAGCAUUUGAGCGACCAAAUCCUUUUUGACACAAUAGAUUGGCCAUGACUGUGACGGUCAUGCAAACUCAUGCAUUGUGCCGACCAGAUAGAAUGAGCUAUACUCUCUAUCUGUCAGUCUUGGGAGAUUUGCCACUCUUGCCCUUUUCUUGUUUCUCUGAGAGGAAAGGUUGGGUCGUGAUAUUUUGUUUGCCUCACGUAAUGAAUGACUUUCUAAAAAAGCGCCACACAAAUUUAUUUGAUUGAUUGGUUCGGAAGUCACUCACCCCAGUUGUUCAGGUGUUGACGAAUGUAAUGUUGAUGGCUGAUUAAUCGAUGGAGAAACAUAGAGGAGAUGGAAAGCCUCCAGGAGCAGGAUUGGUCACGUUAGCUCUCAGCAACCUAAAACCCAACGUUUUUAUAAGAGACAUGGAUCUAUUCUCUCGUCCAAUUAACUUUAGAAAUCAGGUUUGGCUGUUUUGGCUGCAGGGGAUGAUCACUCCAUUUGUUUAUCAAUUUAAACUCAGUAAUCCAGAUCCCUGAGAGAGGAGAACAUAUUGAAUGGUGUUCAACAAAAGGAUGGCUAGCAAAUCCUUCUGCUAGGGUCAAUGAUACAAGUAUACUGAACAAAAGUGUUGGUCCCAUGUUUCAUGAGCUGAAAUAAAAGACCCCAGAAAUUCCAAAGGAACAAAAAGCGUAUUUCUCUCAUAUUUUGUGCACAAAUUUGUUUACAGCCCUGUUAGUGAGCAUUUCUCCUUUGCCAAGAUAAUCCAUCCACCUGACAGGUGUGGCAUAUCAAGAGGCUGAUUAAACAGCAUGAUCAUUACACAGGUGCACCUUGUGCUGGGGACAAUAAAAGGCCACUAAAAUGUGUGUUUUGUAACACAACACAAUGCCACAGAUGUCGCAAGUUUUGAGGGAGCGUGCAAUUGGCAUGCUGACUGCAGGAAUGUCCACCAGAGCUGUUGCCAGAUAAUUUAAUGUUCAUUUCUCUACCAUAAGCCACCUCCAACGUUGUUUUAGAGAAUUUGGCAGUACGUCCAACCGGCCUAACAACCUUAGACCACGUGUAACCACGUCAGCCCAGGACCUCCACAUCCGGCUUCUUCCCCUGUGGGAUCAUCUGAGACCAGCCACCCGGACAACUGAUGAAACUGUGGGUUUGCACAACCAAAGAAUUUGGCGGUUGGGUUAUGGUAUUGUCAGGCAUAAGCUACGGACAACAAACACAAUUGCAUUUUAUCGAUGGCAAUUUGAAUGCACAGAGAUAGCCCAUUGUCAUGCCAUUCAUCAGCCGCGAUCACCUCAUGUUUUAACAUGAUAAUGCAUGGCCCCAUGUCACAAGGAUCUGUACACAAUUCUUCCAUGCUCUGGAUCGACAUGUACAACAGCGUGUUCCAGUUCUCGCCAAUAUCCAGCAACAUCGCACAGCCAUUGAAGAGGAGUGGGACAACAUUCCACAGGCCACAAUCAAAAGCCUGAUCAACUCUAUGUGAAGGAGAUGUCACGCUGCAUGAGGCAAAUGGUGGUCACACCAGAUACUGACUGGUUUUCUGAUCCACGCCCCUACUUUAUUUUUUAAGGUAUCUGUGACCAACAGAUGCAUGUCUGUAUUCCAAGUCAUGUGAAAUCCAUAGAUUAUUGCCUAAUUAAUUAAUUUCAAUUGAUUGAUUUCCUUAUAUGAACUGUAACUCAGUAAAAUCUUUGAAAUUGUUGCAUGUUGCGUUUUAUAUUUUUGUUCAGCAAAUACAGUGCCUUCAGAAUGUAUUCAGACGCCUUGACUUUUUCCACAUUUUGUUACAGCCUUAUUCUAAAAUUGAUUAAAUAAAUAAACAUCCUCAGCAAUCUACACACAAUACCCCAUAAUGACAAAGCGAAAACACGUUUUUAGACAUUUUUGCAAAUGUAUUAAAAACAGAAAUACCUUAUUUACAUAAGUAUUCAGACCCUUUGCUAUGAGACUCGAAAUUGAGCUCAGGUGCAUCUUGUUUCCAUUGAUCAUCCUUGAGAUGUUUUUACAACUUGAUUGGAGUCCACCUGUGGUAAAUUUAAUUGAUUGGACAGGAUUUGGAAAGGCACACGCCUGUCUAUUUAAUGUCCCACAGUUGACAGUGCAUGUCAAAGCAAACCCAAGCCAUGAGGUCGAAGGAAUUGUCCGUAGAGCUCCAAGACAGGAUUGUGUCGAGGCACAGAUCUGGGGAAGGGUACCAAAACAAUUCAGCAGCAUUGAAGAUCCCCAAGAACACAGUGGCCUCCAUCAUUCUUAAAUGGAAGACGUUUGGACUCUUCCUAGAGCUGUCCGCCUGGCCAAACUGAGCAAUCGGGGGAGAAGGGCCUUGGUAAGGGAGGUGACCAAGAACCCGAUGGUCACUCUGACAGAGCUCUAGAGUUCCUCUGUGGAGAUGGGAGAACCUUCCAGAAGGACAACCAUCUCUGCAGCACUCCACCAAUUAGGCCUUUAUGGUAGAGUGGCCAGACUGAAGCCACUCCUCAGUAAAAGGCACAUGUCAGCCCGCUUGGAGUUUGCCAAAAGGCACCUAAAGGACUCUCAGACCAUGAGAAACAAGAUUCUCUGGUCUGAUGAAACCAAGAUUGAACUCUUUUGCCUGAGAGUCUUUAGGUGCUUUUUCCCUACGGUGAAGCAUGGUGGUGGCAGCAUCAUGCUAUGGGGAUGUUUUUCAGCGGCAGGGACUGGAAGACUAGUCAGGAUCGAGGCAAAGAUGAAUGGAGCAAAGUACAGAGAGAUCCUUGAUGAAAACCUGCUCAAGAGCGCUCAGGACCUCAGACUGUGGUGAAGGUUCACUUUCCAACAGGACAACAACCCUAAGCACACAGCCAAGACAACGCAGGUGUGGCUUCGGGACAAGUCUCUGAAUGUCCAUGAGUUGCCCAGCCAGAGCCCAGACUUGAACCCGAUCGAACAUCUCUGGAGAAACCUGAAAAUAGCUGUGCAGCAACGCUCCCCAUCCAACCUGACAGAGCUUGAGAGGAUCUGCAGAGAAGAAUGGGAGAAACCCCCAAAUACAGGUGUGCCAAGCUUGUAGCGUCAUACCCAAGAAGACUCAAGGCUGUAAUCGCUGCCGAAGGUGCUUCAACAAAGUACUGAGUAAAGGGUCUGAAUACUUAUGUAAAUGUAAUAUUUCAGUUUUUUAUUGUUUCAUAAAUGUGCACAGAAAAACGACCUGUUUUUGCUUUGUCAUUAUUGGGUAUUGUGUGUAGAUUGACGAGGAAAAAAUACUAUUUAAUCCAUUUUAGAAUAAAGCUGUAUGCUAACAAAAUGUGCAAAAGGUCAAGGGGUCUGAAUACUUUCCGAAGGCACUGUAUGGUAUAUCAUAGCUUUCAUACAGUAACUCACCACUCAAUAUGUUAUCUGUGAGUUCUGUAGCACCUGAAAACAUUUUUAAGGAUUAGUAGAGUUUGAUUUCAUGAAAUAAAAGCACAUCAAUAUUAAUUGAAAACUGAUCUUCCAAUUUAUUUUCAGAGGUCACUUUUAUCAAAUAUUUAUUUUUAAAAGGCUCUUUUUCUUUUUUUUUACCAUGCCUGGCAUAUGCUGUUGUAGUGGGGUUUGCAAAUUGCAUGAGGCACUUUAGCACUCAGGGACAAGUUUGCCGAGGAAGAUGGGGUCUUUAGAGGAAGAUGGGGUAUAUCUGGUUGGUUGGCACCUUUCAGGUAGCAUAGUAUUGUUUGGGCUCUACUAGUCUAGCUUUCCAGCUUGGUAAGUUAGACAAGGCUAGCUAAGGCAAUGCUGCAGAGUCCAUUUUUGGUUUAAUUCACAUGGUUUAAUUCUCAAACACUCACCCCCUAACAGACGUCUGUGAAUAACUUGACUUUUCCCCAAAGAGGACUCCUUUUGUUUCCUUUUAUAACAGUCCGUGGUCAGAUUUAGGGAUGUUUGCUCAGCCGAGCGCUCUUAUUGGAUACCUCUCGGCAUCUUCUCUUCAGAAUGACUGUCCAUCAAAACCAGCAAGCCUGGCCUUUCUCUGUCUUAUCUCCCGUCCACACUCUCCUCAGUCUCCAGCCCAACAAAUUCUAAUCUAACCCACUUUCACACACAGAAGAAAGGGACAGGAUACUGAAUGUGGCAUGUAGCGUCAUCCCCCCACCCACCCUCCCCCUUUGCUGUUGUGUGUGUGCCUCAAUGAUCCUGCUUGUUUAUGUAGCCCAGGGGUUGGCGACAAUGCUGUGGGGUGCUCUGGGGUUUUCACAUAAUCAGCUGUAUUUGUAAGUAUUUCCAGUGUGCUUUUCCUGCUCAAAUCCUGCUGGCUGGCUAAGCUCUCAUUUGGCUGGGGGGAGAGUUCAAGACGAGGAACAUGUUUUGUCCCACAUUAUCAUCCUUUGGGUGGCACAACCAAUUACGGAAAUUAAUUGCUGAAAACCAACUCUGGAGUUCAAUUAAUAUUCGCUGGUGUUGACAACUGCAUUUUGGUGUGUGUGUGAAGCCGUUUCGAUCUCAAUAUCAAAUCAUUUUUUGGUAACAUAUAAGUACCUUACUGUGAUUGUUUUCAAUUAAGAUGGUCAAAGAUUUAGCAAAGAGCAAUUUCUCAAGCAAGAAUUUUGCUAGGACUGUCUGGGAGUGGUCUGAGUGGGGAGGGGAAAAUUGAAAACUAGCUGUUAUUGGCAGUGGUUUGGAACUCUCUUUCUUAUUGGUCUAUUAACUAAAUUACUUCCUGGUGAUUUCACCAGGCAGACCAAAACUCCAUCCCACCAAAACAGGCUGAAAUUUCAGGCAGUCUUUUCAAACAGCUCUUACACUAAAAGGGCAUUAUCAUAAUUUUCACAAUUUCAAUGUAUUAUUCCAACCUCAUGGUGUGGAAAUAUACUGUAUAUAAAACACAGCAAAAUCACGUUUUUGACUGCACUGGGCCUUUGACAUUUCCCACACCUCUUUUAAAAAUUCUACUAAAUGUAGCAUUCUGAGCAUUGUUAUUAUCUUGAGACAAAUGUCAAAUGAAAAGGUAAUUUUCAUUGGAUUGCAUAAAAAUAUACAUUAGCACUCUCUGAAUUGUAGAAACAAAUAUUUCUCAAAAGUGCCCUUUUGAGUUUACCGUUUUGUUUAUUCAUAUGAUAAUGUUAUUUUAAUAUAACCUCUCUUAUAUAAUGAUGAUACGUUUUGUUGUUGUACCAGAGGUUUCAUGGACUUGACUAAAUCAAUAGGCAGAUAUAACAUUUCUCUCAGAUACAUAACAAUUCAGCAUUGUGUUUAGGCCUUGCAAAACAAUGAACAUUUUCCACCUCAUCAUUUUGUCAGUCCUCUCAAAGUUAAUGAGUCAUUGAAAAGGAUUCAUGUUCUAUUGUAUCAUGGUGUAGUGCUUUCAUUUGUGAUACAUUUAAAAACAACAUGGCAUUGAAAACUAUAAAAUUCACAAGCACUUACUUGGCCCUCACUUGUCUGUAACAAUACAGACUUUCUCUCUCUCUCUCUCUCUCUCUCUCUCUUUCUCUCUCUCUCUCUCUCUCUCUCUCUCUCUCUCUCUCUCUCUCUCUCUCUCACUCGCUCUGUAUCUGUCUCUCGCUCUCUGUCUUUCCCUCUCUCCCCAUUACCAUGAUAGCUGUGGUGGGAAUGAACAUUGGCCUAAUGAAUGAUAUCAUCACUGACUUCAGGAAAUAGAGAAGGGAUGGGAAAUUUCUUAAAAAGACAAACUGAUAUAACACUGAUAUUACCCAUUAUACUCAAUCAAUUUAACCAAGGUAUUUGAUUGACUUUGUUUACAAUAUGGCUAUUUAAAUGUUUUUCAUUUGACAACAGUUAAAUAAUAGCCCCUUUAAAUAGGGGGUUGGUGUAGGUAGGCCUAUAGGAACACCAGCACAUACAGUGCCUUGCAAAAGUAUUCAGCCCCCUUGGCGUUUUUCCUAUUUUGUUGCAUUACAACCUGUAAUUUAAAUGGAUUUUUAUUUGGAUUUGACAUCCCUUUGAACAUCCCACAGAGCACCAUUAAAACCAUUAUUAAAAAAUUGAAAGAAUAUGGCACCACAACAAACCUGCCAAGAGAGGGCCGCCCACCAAAACUCACGGACCAGGCAAGGAGGGCAUUAAUCAGAGAGGCAACAAAGAGACCAAAGAUAACCCUGAAGGAGCUGCAAAGCUCCACAGCGGAGAUUGGAGUAUCUGUCCAUAGGACCACUUUAAGCCAUACACUCCACAGAGCUGGGCUUUAUGUGGGCUUUUUAGUGGCCAGAAAAAAGCCAAUGCUUAAAGAAAAAAAUGUGUUUGCCAAAAGGUACUCUCGUCAGAUGAGACUAAAAUUGAGCUUUUUGGCCAUCAAGGAAAUCGCUAUGUCUGGCGCAAACCCAACACCUCUCAUCACCCCGAGAACACCAUCCCCACAGUGAAGCAUGGUGGUGGCAGCAUCAUGCUGUGGGGAUGUUUUUCAUGGGACUGGGAAACUGGUCAGAAUUGAAGGAAUGAUGGAUGGCGCUAAAUACAGGGAAAUUCUUGAGGGAAACCUGUUUCAGUCUUCCAGAGAUUUGAGACUGGGACGGAGGUUCACCUUCCAGCAGGACAAUGACCCUAAGCAUACUGCUAAAGUAACACUCGAGUGGUUUAAGGGGAAACAUUUAAAUGUCUUGGAAUGGCCUAGUCAAAGCCCAGACCUCAAUCCAAUUGAGAAUAUGUGGUAUGACUUAAAGAUUGCUGUACACCAGCGGAACCCAUCCAACUUGAAGGAGCUGGAGCAGUUUGAAGAAUGGGCAAAAAUCCCAGUGGCUAGAUGUGCCAAGCUUAUAGAGACAUACCCCAAGAGACUUGCAGCUGUAAUUGCUGCAAAAGGUGGCUCUACAAAGUAUUGACUUUAGGGGGGUGAAUAAUUAUGCACGCUCAAGUUUUCUGUUUUUUUGUCUUAUUUCUUUUUUGUUUCACACAACAACAAAAUAAGUGCAUCUUCAAAGUGGUAGGCAUGUUGUGUAAAUCAAAUGAUACAAACCCCCUAAAAAUCCAUUUUAAUUCCAGGUUGUAAGGCAACAAAAUAGGAAAAAUGCCAAGGGAGGUGAAUACUGUCGCAAGCCACUGUACAGCAGGGGUUGUUGUGGUGAGUUUCCAAUCCCAGUAAUUGCUUGUCUGUAAAUAUCAUCACACUGGAGGGAGAAGUGUGCCUUGCCCUCCCCCAUACUGUACACAGGGUCGCCGGGGCAGCAGCCCAGGGAAAAUGUUAUCUGGAAUUUUACUGACGCUCUAAAUGUCAGUCUGUGAGGAGGCUGCGGUGAAGAGUUGGGAGGAGCUAUAAGAUGAAGGUUGUACUAUAACAGUAAAACAUAUGUAUUUAUUUUUUACCCAUUACUUGGGAAAAUACUGAGAAAAUAAUGUUUCUGUGCUCUUUUAAUGCGAACAAUGGGGUUGGACCAGCAUGUUCUUCUCCAACACAGCCACUUUAACCAGCUGGAUAAUGUCUAUUUAUUUUUCAGACAGGUAGCCUAUUUCCUGUGUAUUGUCAGUCCUAACCAUGUGGCCACUGUGGAUGAAGGGAUGAUCCCAGACCCAUUAUUUUUCUCUCCCAUCUUUUAUAGUUAAUAAGUGGCCCAAUCCUCAUGAGUGUCAUCUAUGUGAGUAAAUCCCAGGUUUAAAGGAUUGAGUGGGGAGGAUGAUAAAGUGGCUGAGGACUAUAAACAGCCAAGGAGGCUGCUGGAGUAAUUGCUUAAAGAUUCUCUAAGAGGAGCCAUGAUGAGACACGGCAAAUCAUCCCAGUCAAGGGUGAUUAGAGGGGGUUUAGCGUUUUAUUGCACAUCAUCCACCAAGACGAAGAAAGUUAGUGUAAGAACGAAUGACGAGGAUCGUUUAAUAUAUACUUGGCAUGUUGUGUUUGAGGCUGCAGCCCUCAAAAUUAGGGGGUAGGGGUGGUGGGAGUGGGAGUGGAAAUGUCUACUGGACAGGUUUCUAUAGAGACCAGGUUGUAUAUGAGGGCACUUGACGAGGAUAAAAAACCCUGGGGCUUUGUUUGCUCUCUGUGUCUGCUACAAAACAAGGUUUAAUCAGAUUUAUGGGUCCCUAAAAAAAGCUCUCUAAGUCUGGUCUCACGGCAGUUUCUUUCUGUGAGAGCAGUGCAGCAGAUACAGUAAAUGCGGUUUGGACUGUAAUUUCUCCCAUUUUGCAGACAGUAAGCUCCAAUUGUAGGAUGAUGUUAUGCCUUUGUGUCCAAUAAUUUUUCACAAUUUACAUUUGUUCCUUUUUUUACACAGAAAACAUCACAAAAGAUUCAACGAUUUAUGAUGAAUAAAAACUGCAAAUACUGUAUCAUGAAAACAGUAGGCAUAACCCCUGACAUCUAUUGAAUUAAAAAGACACGCUAGAUUCAAUUACUGUUUGAACACUGAAUCAGAAAACCAUUAUCCAGGGCAUGCUCUUGGCUUUGGGUCUUGCAUGGACAAUUAGGCUGACAUGUCAAAGGUGUGAGAUGUGUAAUAAUUGUACAAGCUUGCAUCGCUCUCACAUCAAUAUUUAAUUUGAAGAAGAUGCGAGUGUGUGUGUGUGUGUUUUUUUUUUGUGUGUGUGUGUGAGCCUGGGAGAGCAAUAAAUGCACAUCUCAAUAAACUGCUAAUCCUUGAAAUUGCCCAAACUCUGUAUUACAGCAAUAGAACACUAAACAAUCAGAGGGCAAAUUUCCUCAGAUGGUUUCUGUUUAGGGUAUUGAGCACCAUGUUAGACAUUCGGCGGCGGGAGAUACUUUGAAGCCCUUAGCUAUAUCACUCAUUGAAGGUACAUUAAACUUCAUAGUGGGUUAGUCACACAACCGCCCACUCAAAUAAAUCCAAAUCCAAAAAGUUAAUUACGGUGCAAGUAAGCCACAGAAUUUUGAUUGACUGUGAAAUUCAAGCAUCUUAUUUUAAAGUAUGCAGGGAUUACCAUAUGUCCUAAAUUCUCUCCACCACGAGGAUGUACUGACUGGAAUGUUGGUGGGAAAUUUGUCUCCUAAAUCCAGGCCCUCGUCCCAAAUAGCACCCUAUUCUCUAUGUAGUGCACCACUUUUGACCAGGGCCCAAGAAGUGCACUAUAUAGAGAAUAGGGUGCCGUUUGGGACGCAGCCCAGGUUAUCCAAAAACGGUCCAUUAUAAAUCGCAAUCUGGGUUAGGUGGGCAUCAUUUGAAAGCUUGUUAUAUUGCCAACAUGACAAGCUAAAUUAUAAAAUAUGAUAUUACAGUGUUAGGCUUUCACAAUGCAGGGAAACAGAUUGUAAUUUUGGUGUGCAUAGAAAGGAGUUAUGAGUACAAUCAGGUGCGUGUGGCGUGGCGAAUUUUCUUCACAGUAGACAAACAUAGGCUCAUUCUGUUCAGAAUAACCCAGGGUAUGACGCCAUGUCAUCUUGUAACUGUACAUCAAACAUAGUGAUCAUAAACGUUAACACUGUAUAUGACAUGAGUUUUAUGCUAUGGAAAUGUGAAGUGCCACAUUUGGACUCAAGGGUGUUUGACUUAUUUGUAUGACAUCAAAGCAGUAUUUAUUAUAAUCCUUCAAAAUACAUUGAGUCCUCUUAAUUUGCAUUAUUUCCCUAACUCAGUCAACAAAAUAUUAGAAAAAUAUUUUGCGAUUGACGGGGAUUUGAGCCUUGUCGGGUGUCUGAAGUAAAUCCUACGCAUCCUACUCGUUAAAGAAAAAAUCUUUGUCCAGUACGAGGUGAGUAAUCGCUUUCCUGAUAUAAUUAUCCCUGACUGAGUCUGUAAUACCAACAUGUUUCAAGCAGUCCACCAUAGUCCCUGUGCCCAAGAACACUAAGGUAACCUGCCUAAAUGACUACAGACCCGUAGCACUCACGUCGGUAGCCAUGAAGUGCUUUGAAAGGUUGGUCAUGGCUCACAUCAACACCAUUAUCCCAGAAACCCUAGACCCACUCCAAUUUGCAUACCGCCCCAACAGAUCCACAGAUGACACAAUCUCAAUCGCACUCCACACUGCCCUUUCCCACCUGGACAAAAGGAACACCUACGUGAGAACGCUAUUCAUUGACUACAGCUCAGCGUUCAACACCAUAGCGCCCUCAAAGCUCAUCACUAAAAAAAAAUAAAAAAAAUAUGCCAUUUAGCAGACGCUUUUAUCCAAAGCGACUUACAGUCAUGCGUGCAUACAUUUUUUGUGUAUGGGUGGUCCCGGGGAUCGAACCCACUACCUUGACAUUACAAGCGCCGUGCUCUACCAGCUGAGCUACAGAGGACCACCACUAAGCUAAGGACCCUGGGACUAAACACCUCCCUCUGCAACUGGAUCCUGGACUUCCUGACGGGCCGCCCCCAGGUGGUAAGGGUAGGUAACAACACAUCUGCCACGCUGAUCCUCAACACGGGGGCCCCUCAGGGGUGCGUGCUCAGUCCCCUCCUGUACUCCCUGUUCACCCAUGACUGCAUGGCCAGGCACGACUCCAACACCAUCAUUAAGUUUGCAGACGACACAACAGUGGUAGGCCUGAUCACCGACAACAAUGAGACAGUCUAUAGGGAGGAGGUCAGAGACCUGGCCGUGUGGUGCCAGGAUAACAACCUCUCCCUUAACGUGAUCAAGACAAAGGAGAUGAUUGUAGAUUACAGGAAAAGGAGGACCGAGCACGCCCCCAUUCUCAUUGACGGGGCUGUAGUGGAGCAGGUUGAGAGCUUCAAGUUCCUUGGUGUCCACAUCACCAACAAACUAUCAUGGUCCAAACACACCAAGACAGUCGUGAAGAUGGCACGACAAAGCCUAUUCCCCCUCAGGAGACUGAAAAGAUUUGGCAUGGGUCCUCAGAUCCUCAAAAGGUUCUACAGCUGCACCAUCAAGAGUAUCCUGACUGGUUGCAUCACCGCCUGGUAUGGCAACUGCUCGGCCUCCGACUGCAAGGCACUACAGAGGGUAAUGCGUACAGCCCAGUACAUCACUGGGGCCAAGCUUCCUGCCAUCCAGGAACUCUAUACCAGGCGGUGUCAGAGGAAGGCCCUAAAAAUUGUCAAAGACUCCAGCCACCCUAGUCAUAGACUGUUCUCUCUGCUACCACACGGCAAGCGGUACCGGAGCGCCAAGUCUAGGUCCAAAAGACUUCUUAACAGCUUCUACCCCCAAGACAUAAGACUCCUGAACAGCUAAUCAAAUGGCUACCCGGAUUUUCAACCCAUUUAUGAGUGUAAAGGGCUACCCUGGAAAUGUGCAAUGAAAGGUAGACUCAGCGAUAUGAUGUAGAUGCAUAAAGUAAACAGCAUAGUGCGUACAUUUUUGCAAAAACUAAGAGCGUUGAAGCGAGAGGCUCAACGUCUCUGCUGUUUUGGUGCCCUGGCUACCACGCUCUGUAAACAGCGUGUUGCGAACCCAAGCACAUGCGCAGAUGCUGUGUGUGACUGUGUGAGAGCAAAGUCUUGCAUCUCGCUUGUCUCAAUAUCUGCGGUGCUGCUCAUGACAACUCAUCUCGCUGAGUCUACCUUUAAAGAUAUACAGUGCCUUUGGAAAGUAUUCAGACCCCUUGACUUUUUCCACAUUUUGUUACGUUACAGCCUUUUUCUAAAAUGGAUUAAAUAAAACAAUUUCCUCAGCAAUCUACACACAAUACCCCAUAAUGCCAAAGCGAAAACAGGUUUGCAAAUGUAUUAAAAACAAAAAACAGAAAUAUCUUAUUUACAUAAGUAUUAAGACCCUUUGCUAUGAGACUCGAAAUUGAGAUCAGAUGCACCUGUUUCCAUUGAUCAUCCUUGAGAUGUUUCUACAACUUGAUUCGAAUCCACCUGUGGUAAAUUAAAUUGAUUGGACAUGAUUUGGAAAGGCACACUCCUGUCUAUUUAAAGGUCCCACAGUUGACAGUGCAUGUCAGAGCAAAAACCAAGCAAUGAGGUCGAAGGAAUUGUCCGUAGAGCUCCGAGACAGGAUUGUGUCAAGGCACAGAUCUGGGGAAGGGUACCAAAACAUUUCUGCAGCAUUGAAGGUCCCCAAGAACACAGUGGCCUCCAUCAUUCUUAAAUGGAAGAAGUUUGGAACCACCGAGACUCUUCCUAGAGCUGGCCGUCUGGCCAAACUGAGCAAUCGGGGGAGAAGGACCUUGGUCAGUGAGGUGACCAUGAACCCAAUGGUCACUCUAACAGAGCUCUAGAGUUCCUCUGUGGAGAUGGGAGAACCUUCCAGAAGGACAACCAUCUCUGCAGCACUCCACCAAUCAGGCCUUUAUGGUAGAGUGGCCAGACGGAAGCCACUCCUCAGUAAAAGGCACAUGACAGCCCGCUUGGAGUUUGCCAAAAGGCACCUAAAGACUCUCAGACUGUGAGAAACAAGAUUCUCUGAUCUGAUGAAACCAAGAUUGAACUCUUUGGCCUGAAUGCCAAGAGUGAUGUCUGGAGGAAACCUGGCACCAUCCCUACGGUGAAGCAUGGUGGUGGCAGCAUCAUGCUGUGGGGAUGUUUUUCAGCAGCAGGGACUGGGAGACUAGUCAGGAUCGAGGCAAAGAUGAAAGGAGCAAAGUACAGAGAGAUCCUUGAUGAAAACUUGCUCCAGAGCGCUCAGGACCUCAGACUGGGGCGAAGGUUCACCUUCCAACAGGACAACGACCCUAAGACAACGCAGGAGUGGCUUCGGGACAAGUCUCUGAAUGUCCUUGAGUGGCCCAGCCAGAGCCCGGACUUGAACCCGAUCGAACAUCUCUGGAGAGACCUGAAAAUAGUUGUGCAGCAACGCUGCCUAACCAACCUGACAGAGCUUGAGAGGAUCUGCAGAGAAGAAUGGGAGAAACUCCCCAAAUACAGGUGUGCCAAGCUUGUAGCGUCAUACGCAAGAAGACUUGAGGCUAUAAUCGCUGCCAAAGGUGCUUCAACAAAGUACUGCGUAAAGGGUCUGAAUACUUAUGUAAAUGUCAUAUUUCAGUUUAUUUUUAUAUAUAUAUAUUAUUUGAAAGGUCUAAAAGUCAGUUUUUGCUUUGUCAUUAUGGGGUAUUGUGUGUAGAUUGAUGAGGGGAAAAAACAAUUUAAUACAUUUUAGAAUAAGGCUGUAACCUAACAAAAUGUGGAAAAAGUCAGGGGGUCUGAAUACUUUCCGAAGGCACUGUAAUAUAUUAUUUAUUCCAUUAGGAAACAAAAACUUUGGCCUACUGUUUUAUUUUCAAACCAGUCUCUGUUGCUCCAGAGUAGAUAUUUUCUACAGGCUUCCAUUUUUUAUUUAGGAAACUGUAGCUACAGCUUGUGAAUUUCCCAGCUUUACUAGAAACCUUAUGUAUAAUUCAUGUGUUUUCAUCAGAUUUAAUUAAUUAGACUGGACAGCUGUUUUAGGGAGAUAGUAACCUACAUUCUAAUGCUUUGCAUCUCUACGCUCAAUUUAUGGCUUUCUGGUGUUGGAAGGGGUUAGAAGGUCACACCCCCCACCCCCCCAAGCUGUCCAAUAGCAAUGCCCCUGUCAUUAAUAUAUGUACAAUUGUUUGUGAUGCUCCAAUCAUUAUCCCUAUGGGAAAUGCAGAUAAAGACUGAAACAGUUCUUGAUAAUUUUCCAUCCUGGCCCCUCCAAUAUGUGUGGCCCACAACCAGCGCAAGUCCUUUGCAAACACAUUUGUAAUAAUCAUAGAAAACAGAGAGAUCAGCCUUUUAUUCCAAUGAGAUAUAAUCAUCCCAGACUAGGGCCACAGACGGACAGGGGAACAGUUAUUCUACCUGUGUGGCUCUCAUCCUUGGUAAAAUGGUUUGUGGGGCUGUUUUCUCUAUCUGGAAUAAGACUGUAAUUACAUUUUGUGCAUUUGCAAGUCAAACAGUGAACACUUGCACUCUGCUUGCUUGCGCAUAUGUAUUUUUGUGUGUGUGUGUGUGUCAGAGAGAGAGAGAGACUGAGGAGAGAGAGAGAGAGCUGGCUGAAGGCUUAUUUCUCAUUACUUGGCUACACAAAUAGCUCCUUAGAAUAGGCAUUGACCCACAGAAUAAGCAUUUGAUCAUUAAGAUACGUUUGGUCAUUUGAUCUAGAGACACAUUGCUUACAGCACCCAUUUACAGUGCAGUAUGUUUUAAAAAGAGAUCAACCAAUUUGUGAAUAUAAGGUCCUGGUGACGUUCUCUGUUAAAUCACCAGGAGGCAGGCUGACAGACUGUGUAUGAGAGACGAUUGAUGACUACACUCAUACAUCAUGUACCAUGCUUACCGACCCCCAACAUGAUUGUAUUUCUCAAUAAACCAUUGAAAUUAAUGCUUUCACACGCCUUAGCUGGUGGUGGCAGCACAGUUGCUUUCGAUUUUGAGGGUUUCAAAAUACAUUGCUUAGCAGUGCGAUGUCUGUAAAUAAAACCUUUGCCUUGCCUUUAUCCAGUGGCGGCUCCUGAAAAAAUUCUCAGGAGGGGCAAUUUUUCUGAUGAUUUAGGUGACCUACACACAUUUUUAAAAAGAUAUGUCCAGCAACAACAUGAAGACAGGGGCAGCAUAUAAGUCAAUACCAGAAGCAUUUAUUGACUGAUCUCAAAAGUGUUGGCUUACAAAAGCAAAAUAAGUUAUCACAGUAAAAAUAAUCAAGGGUGUUCUUUCACAUUCCUCAACACUGCAUAAACAAUAUGUAUGGCUUUGUAAAAAUGAACAACCAUAUUCUGGCCAAUUGUAUAGAUUUGUAAAUAUGAACAACCAUAUUCUGGCCAAUUGUAUAGAUUUGUAAAAAUGAACAUGAACAGAUUUUUUAUUUUUUUGAAUGGCAGUACCUUUCAAACAUGUCUGCUUGCAGUAAGGUAGCACUCACAAGGUGGCCAGAGAAAGAGAACCUUUCUUUGGUGUGAUCCAGGAUGGUGUUGCAGACCUCUUCAGACAGCCUCUGCUUCUCCUCUUCUCUCAAAGCUGUUCUGGGUCUUUUGGCUCCUGUUGCUUCUUGCAGCUGCUGUUGAGAGGAGUCCCUGAAGGCAAACAGACCAAUGUGUUUGUUGGCUUUGUACAGUAUUGUUGUCUAUGUGAUGCACAGGUAUAUGCAAUGUAUCCAUGUAUAGUACAAAUACUUCAGUUCCACUUAAAAUGGGCAGGGAUGCAUAAAGUCUUUAGUGUUUAAGUUAGCCUUUGUGUCUCACAUAGCCUGGAUGUUCAGCACAGUAUACAGUGGUGCUCAUAAGCUUAUGAUCCCAUGCUAAAGUUGACUAAAAAGAGGAAUAAAAAAGAAAAGAAAAUUGGUGUCCUUAAAGGUUGGAUUUUCCAACUUUUUUAAUUAAGUCAUUAAGAUCAAUUUCCAAAAGAUGAUUUUUUUAUUUUUUUAUUCCUCUUUUUAAUCAGCUUUAGAAUGUGUUCAUACACUUAUGAGCACCACUGUACAGUACACAUAGUAUAUAAAAUAAGAUAGAUUACACCACUGGCCAUAUAUAAUGACAAUAAUGUAAUUUCAAACACAAAUGCAGUCUCCUUUCAUGCAUACAUUUUCAAAUAAAGCUCUGCUUUGAGAAAGAUCGAAUGAUAUUGUUUAAUCUUUAUCUUACCUUAUGGCCUGCACACUGCUUGCGAAGCUGUCGAGGGCACGUUUGAUAAAGACAGCAUCGAUGUCCUUAUUCUGUAGCUUCUGGUACGGUGGGCUGGUCAAAUGAACCCAAUGAACCCGUCCGGAUGGCUUCAAAACAUUCUAUGAGGUCGUCUCGAUUCUCGUAGACAGUGUUCACGACUCUGCUGUUGCUAACCUCAUCGUUGUGGCGGCGGACAGCUAGCCUGUAUCCCUCAUCCAGUUGAGUGGCAAUAUUCACUCUCACCAAAGCAGACAAUCUCAAACAGCUAUCAAUGUGGGUCUUUGACAGCUCAUUUUUCGUAAUCUUUUCUGAAAGAUGGUGCAUGUCGGUUACACCAGUCGCUGUCCAAGCGUUGCUGUCUGCCGUUCAUGGUUACGUUACGUUACGUAUGACGAAAGCGCGUAAGUGCAAGCCCUCAGACACCCAUAGAGAAUGUAUUGAAAGCUCAGAAAUUUGAAAAAAAAAUAUUUUACAUUAGAGGCUAUGAGAGACUUCUGGGCGAUUUUCAACCUGACUGAAAUCGCCCCAAAACGGGCGGGGACAUUUGAAGCACGACUUUAGCCUGAUUGGACAUUUAGUGGCUGGCAGAUCAGACGUGAACACUGAACUACUGUUGCCAUGAUAUAAUUGAUUAGAAAAAAAAUCCCUUCCUUUUCCCGUUUGGCAGUGCGUCGCCCAUAUCGCCCUAUUGAACACACCGCCCAUGCCUUUAUCACAUCUCACUCAUGCAUACUGUAUAUAUCUGCUGUUCCAUUCCAAUCCACCGACCUUCCUCUCCUGUACUCCUCCACCCAUCCCUCCAUCCCUCCCCCUUCUCCAUGGGCAUUGCAGAAUGACUGCCCCCUGCUCCAACCUCUCCAACCUUUGUGUGUACGUAUGUGUGUCUUUCGGAGGGGUUGGGAUAAAGCGUAAGUCGAAUGUUCGUUGGAUCUUGUGUACAGUUGGACAAUAAAGUAAUCUUCUUCUAUCUUCUUCUUCUUCCUCUCCCCUCCACCACCCACCCACCCAUCCCUCCCCCUCCUCCAGAUCUCUCCUUCAGCCUCCUGCUCCUGGUGUUCGUGGCCUGUGGCCUGGGCCUGCUGGGCGUCAUUGUCUUUGCCUCCUGGAAGCUGUGCUGGGUGCACUGGCGCACCAAGGACCUCUCCUCCAGUGCCACUGUCCUCGCCUCCGCCCCCCCCUCCUCCGCCUCUGACAGACCCUACGACAGAGCCUUGCCCGCACACGGCCACAGGCCUACGCUCGUACAUGCACACACGCACACACAUGCCAUGGCGUCGGACAAGCUGAAUCUUUCGGACCCGGCAAGUUUCCUAGAGGCAGCGGUGAAGAUCAGCCACACGUCGCCUGACAUCCCUGCCGAGGUGCAGCUGUCCAUGAAGGACCAUUUCCUGCGCCGCACGCGCAUGUCCAGGCAGACCACCGAGCCCACCUCCUCCACUAGGUCAGGCUACGGGAGGAAGUUGCCUUUAGACACAGACUUGGGCUACGUCCUAAAUGGCACCCUAUUCCUGACAUAGUGCACUACUUUUGACCAGAGCCCUAUUGGUCCUGGUCAAAAGUAGUGCACUAUAGGGAAUAAGGUGCCAUUUGAAAGGCAUCCCUAGUAUCAGCUUAUCAGUGCUUCCUCAAAACUGACCUCAGAUCAGUGUGUAAGGGCCUCCUAAUUCAAUGUAAAGGCUCCUCUGAGUCUCAGUGUUUAUGUCCAGGACAUGUAUUAGUAUUGAGGUAAUAGUAUGUGAUAUUAUCAGGAAGGGGCUAUUUAUAGUGUGUCAUAGUGGUACAGAUAUAUAAAUCAUUAUGCAUCAUAUCUACACCUGUAACAUAUCCAUUUGUGACCUUUAAGAUGAGAUACAUAGAAAAUAAAUGAGAUUGUCAGUUGAAUGCCCCUAUUGCCAUGGAGCUCCUAUUGAGCUAAAUUAAGAAACAUCUAAAUCAUCUAAUAUCAGAGAGAAAAUGCAAUUCCCUUUACUCUAAAUUGGAAGCUGACAACAUUAUUCAGCAGGGGGCACAGAUUUCCCAGGCAUGCCAUAUGGUACUGGAAUUAUUCCACUGCUUGAAAUUGUUCUACAGUGUGUAAAUUGUCCAAUAAAAUGAUUCAACUGGCAAACAUGUCUCCAUGUCUCCAGGCACAGCUCCUUCAAGAAGCACCUACCCCGACAAAUGCAUCAUGUAACCAGCCUUGACCGAGGCAGCGACUUCCCCUAUGCAGAGGACCAAUCCACCAGCCUGGCCAGUUUGGGCCGCAUCCAGCCAGAGCUCUACAAACAGAGCUCCCUAGAUGCCGACGAGUCCUCCAAGAACUGCGCUGCCGCCAAGACCUGCGGUAAGAUCAACUUCUCCCUCAAGUACGACUACGAGUCCGAGGCUCUCCUCGUCAACAUCCUCAAGGCCUUCGACCUGCCCGCCAAAGACUUAUGCGGCAGCUCCGACCCCUACGUCAAAAUCUACCUUCUGCCUGACCGCAAGCGCAAGUUCCAGACCCGUGUCCAUCGCAAGACGCUCAACCCCAUGUUUGAUGAGUCCUUCCAGUUCGCCGUGCCCUACGAGGAGCUGGGAAGCAGAAAGCUGCACCUGAGCGUCUUUGACUUUGACCGCUUCUCCCGCCACGACAUGAUCGGCGAGGUCAUUCUGGAGAAUCUGUUUGAGGUGUCGGACCUCUCCCGUGAGAUGGCCAUCUGGAAGGAUAUUCAGUACGCCACCUCUGUAAGUCAAUCAACCAAUCAAAUAAAUGUAUUUUAUGAAGAUCUGGCCUAGACCCCAAAGAGCUAGCAAAGCAGAAGCGAAAGCACAGUGUAAGUCCAGAUAGCCUUUUAGAGUUGUCAUACAUGGGUUCAAAUAGUAUUUGGAUUCUUUAAAAGUUUGAAUGAGCUUGCCUGUUUUAAGUGCUAUAUUGGGUGAUUUGCAUUUUUGGGACUAUUCCAUUGGUUCCAUUGUGCCAGGCAAGCUCUAAAGUAUUUAAAAGAGAUGGUCCUAAUAAGCUGUAGCAAGGAAUCACCUCAAUGGUGCUCUGAUGAGCUAAUGUAAUGCUUUGAUCCCAUGUGUGAGUCUCAAGCGUUCAAUAAUAGGAGACCAGACAGGGGAUGUGGGGUCAAUGCCCCCUAGCUUCCAUCCUCAUUCACAUUGUAGACUAAAUGGUAAUUAGGUUGUACAUUUGCUACAGUAUAGUAAUACAAAGGGAUAGUUCAGCAAUUUAACAUAUUUAGAUAUUUGUUUCCUUACCUUGAAUGCAGUCUAUGGACAAGGAGUGACUGCAAUCAACACUUUGGUUUUGUCCAUAGACUGCUUUCAAGGUAAUGAAACAAAUAUCUAAAUAUGUCAAAUCAUUCAACUAUCCCUUUAACAAUAUUAGUGGCUUUGUAAUGUGUGAUAACUGAAAACGCCCACUCUGUUUCCUUCUGUUCUGAUGUGUUUUGUCUGUGGCCCUGAACACAGGAGACUGUAGACCUGGGAGAGAUCAUGUUCUCUCUCUGUUACCUGCCAACCGCAGGACGACUCACCUUGACAGUCAUCAAGUGCAGGAACCUCAAGGCCAUGGACAUCACAGGAUACUCAGGUACAGUUCAGUCAAAUGGUUCACGUUAAAAGGUUUUGUGCUUGUUUUACCUUAAACACUGUUGCAUACUCUUCUAACCAUUGACCAGGUUAUCCCUCUGGUAAAAGAGUUACAAGAAAAAAAACAUCAUCUGGUUUAUUAUCGCAUCUCGCAAGAGCCAUACUUAGUUAAAUAACAUAUGACAUAAUGUACAGUCAAAUCAGCUUGAUUCAUUAAGUAGCUAAGCACUUGUCGUUUUUAAAUAAAUCAAAUCAUAUUUUAUCUUGUUUAUUGGCAGACCCAUAUGUCAAGGUCUCCCUAGACUGUGAUGGACGGCGCUUGAAAAAGAAGAAAACCACCAUCAAGAGGAACACUUUGAACCCCACCUAUAACGAAGCUAUCAUCUUCGACAUCCCCCCUGAGAACAUGGACCAAGUCAGCCUGCACAUAUCCGUGAUGGACUAUGACUUGUAUGCCAUACUCAAUAUAAUUUGUUAUGCAAUGCAUGGCAAUAUUAUCAAGAAUAAUUUCUAAGUUCUUGUUAUUGAUAUGUUUGUUUAUGCUACAACCAUCCAUUAACUCUGAGAGUCCUACUAAUACUGUCAGUUCUGCUAAUAGUAGAAGCGAAAAUGUAAAGUUACAUUAUACCAGAUGUGGCUGAAGAGUUAAUGGGUGCAUUUUUCAUUUUUUUCCCCUUAGGGUGGGACACAAUGAGAUCAUAGGUGUGAACAGAGUGGGCAGUCAUGCAGAGGGACUGGGCAGAGACCACUGGAACGAGAUGUUGGCCUAUCCACGCAAGCCCAUCGCUCACUGGCACUCUCUACUGGAGGCAAGCAAGUCUCAGAAAGAGGUAUUAUUACUCACAAAGACACAAAGAAAAACACCCUGCUGACAUUCAAUAAUGUAUGUUUCGCUGAUAGCUGCUUUAUUGAGGAAAGUUUUACUUGCAAUGACUUGGAUAUGGGUGAAUGCAAAUCACUCUGGAUAAGAGCAUAUGCUAAAUGACCAAAAUAGAAAUGUAUGUACACCUAUUUAUCUAUGUAGGAUUUCUGAUGGUAGGUACACUCCUAACAGUGACAGCAAUGUUCAUGCUGGUGCACUUUGGAAUGACUAAUCUUUCCAUGUGAAAUGUCUCCUACAGUGGAAAACCCGCACUGCAAGCUUUGACAGUCAAGGCUCUUGCCCUUCUCCAAGACUCCUGUCUAGUCCAUGA